AUGGAGCCCGGGAUCCCCGGAGCACCGCCACCACCACCGCUGCUGCUGCUGCUGCUUGGAGCUAGCCUCCUGCCAGCUCACAGCCAUGUGGAGACCAGGGCCCAUGCCGAGGAGAGACUGCUGCGGAAACUCUUCUCUGGCUACAACAAGUGGUCCCGGCCUGUGGCCAACAUCUCAGAUGUGGUCCUGGUCCGCUUUGGCCUGUCUAUCGCCCAGCUCAUCGAUGUGGAUGAGAAGAAUCAGAUGAUGACCACGAACGUGUGGGUGAAGCAGGAGUGGCAUGACUACAAGCUACGCUGGGACCCAGCCGACUUCGAGAACGUGACAUCCAUCCGCAUCCCCUCGGAGCUCAUCUGGAGGCCAGACAUCGUCCUCUACAACAACGCUGAUGGGGACUUUGCAGUGACGCACUUGACCAAAGCCCACCUUUUCCAUGACGGGCGGAUCCAGUGGACGCCUCCGGCCAUCUACAAGAGUUCCUGCAGCAUCGACGUCACCUUCUUCCCCUUUGACCAGCAGAACUGCACCAUGAAGUUUGGGUCCUGGACAUAUGACAAGGCCAAGAUCGACCUGGUGAGCAUGCACCAGCGUGUGGACCAGCUGGACUACUGGGAGAGUGGCGAGUGGGUGAUCGUGGACGCCGUGGGCAACUACAACACCAAGAAGUACGAGUGCUGCGCCGAGGUCUACCCUGACAUCACCUACGCCUUCAUCAUCCGGCGCCUGCCGCUCUUCUACACCAUCAACCUCAUCAUCCCCUGCCUGCUCAUCUCCUGCCUCACGGUGCUGGUCUUCUACCUGCCCUCCGAGUGCGGCGAGAAGGUGACGCUCUGCAUCUCCGUGCUGCUGUCACUCACCGUCUUCCUGCUGCUCAUCACGGAGAUCAUCCCGUCCACCUCACUGGUCAUCCCCCUCAUCGGCGAGUACCUCCUCUUCACCAUGAUCUUUGUCACGUUGUCCAUCAUCAUCACUGUCUUCGUGCUCAACGUGCACCACCGCUCCCCGCGCACACACACCAUGCCCGCCUGGGUGCGCCGGGUCUUCCUGGACAUUGUGCCCCGUCUGCUCUUCAUGAAGCGGCCGUCCGUGGUCAAGGACAACUGCCGGAGGCUCAUCGAGUCCAUGCACAAGAUGGCCAGUGCCCCUCGCUUCUGGCCUGAGCCGGAGGCCCAGCCUGGCUUCUGCGCCCGGGACCCGUCACCCUCUGCGUCCCUCUGUGUCUCACUGGCCGAACCGGUCAAGCCACCUUCGGAGCAGCCCCCUCCACCCCCGCCCACAGAGGCUGGGAAGACCAGUGCCUGCCCCUCACCUGGCCCUGGACACCUGCCCAGCAGUGCCCAGGCCACUGGGCUGGCCAAGGCCAGGUCCCUGAGUGUCCAGCACAUGCCCAGCUCCAGCAGAGCAGAGGACAGCAGUGUCCGGUGCCGUUCUCGGAGCGUCCAGUACUGUGUCACCCAAGAUGAGGCCUCGGCCCAGGCUAACGGCCGAGUGGCCAGCUCCCCAGCCUCUACCCACUCUGCUGAGCCCGCAGCCCCUGACCAGCCCUCCCCUUGCAAAUGCAAAUGCAAGAAGGAGCUGUCUGCCACCUCUCCGGAUGCCACACUCACAGUCCACGGCACCAAAGUGCCUCGUCGACACCUGCCCCUGUCCCCAGCCUUGUCCCGAGCCGUGGAGGGUGUCCAGUACAUUGCAGACCACCUGAAGGCGGAGGACACAGAUUUCUCGGUGAAGGAAGACUGGAAAUACGUGGCCAUGGUCAUCGACCGUGUCUUCCUGUGGGUGUUUGUCAUCGUUUGUCUGCUGGGCACCAUUGGCCUCUUCCUGCCGCCCUGGCUGGCUGGCAUGAUCUAG